UGUCUUGGUGCUUUACACAAGUGUUACCAAAUCAAGAGGGGUUCAGGGAUCAGUGUGUUUCCGCAACAAUGGCCAUGGCUAAGUUCUUUGCUGCUUUGAUCUUGGCACUCAUUGCCAUUUCCAUGCUUCAAACAGUGGUUAUGGCAGCUAAUGGGCAAGGAGGCCACCUUUAUGAUGAUAACAAGAGCCAAUAUGGACCCGGGAGUCUCAAGAGCUACCAAUGCCCAUCACAAUGCUCGAGGAGGUGUGGCAAGACCCAAUACCACAAGCCCUGCAUGUUUUUCUGUCAGAAGUGCUGCAGGAAAUGCCUGUGUGUGCCCCCAGGGUAUUAUGGGAACAAAGCUGUGUGCCCUUGCUACAACAACUGGAAGACUAAGGAAGGAGGACCUAAGUGCCCUUGAUCUUCAGCUUCAUAUAUCAACCGUUGCUUUUCUAUAUAAUAAUUUCCGAUGUUCUCCCAUUUAU